AUGGCAGAUAUGUUCUUGCAAGAAGAGGCCCCAGAUAAUGAUGAGGAUGAUGUGCCAUUAUCUCAGCUUCGAGACAACAUGCAUCACGAAAAAAUGCAUCACAUGCCGAUUACCGUAACCCAGAAUAAUCAGAUGCUGGAUACGGCGAAUUUCAUGCCCACCGUUCACCACCCGAUUGAACCACCACCUGAACAGAUUAUGGCAACUUCACUACCAUCCGCCUCGCAGCCUUAUAUUCCGGAUCAAGGGGCUUUUGUGAUGCCGCAACAUAUGCUCCCGCAUACUUCCGCCGAAGCUCAGCCCACCUACUCGGCAAAUCCGGAACCUAUGCUCAAUCAACCCCUCCAAAUGGAGCAAACCCACAACAAUCAAUUCAACUCGGCCAUGUCGCUCCCCGAUCAACAGCCCUUUUUCGGCAACACGGACUAUUCAAAUCCGAUGCUUGGCAACGCUGACCCGAUGUUCCAAACGGGCAAUCCGCUCUUCCCCGGAGAGCCGGAUCCCUUCGAAAAUCAGGGCACACAUGGCAACCAAAAUGGACAAAUCACAUACGGGCAACAGGAAAUCCCGUCGACGUCACUGGGAGAUCAAGGGAUUUACCAGGAUGCCUUCAAUCAACAGAUGCAUCAACAGCAGCCGCAGGCUUUUCAACACCAACAGCCGCAAUUUAUGCCGCAGCAACAGGGUCAAGCGCCGAUGAUUCAAUACCGAAGGCUACCAGAUUCUCCAACCACUAUACAACCACCACAACAACCUCAACAAGUCGCCACCCCUGUAGAAUACAUUCAAAUGGAAGACGGACGUCUCAUUCGAGUCGUUCGACAACCACCACAACGCCAACUGGUCCAACGAGUACUCUACGCGCCGCAGCAACAAGCCUACCCUCAACCCCAGCUAUAUCCGGAUCCACACUAUCAGCCCGGCCCGAGAAUAGUCCGCCAAGUCAGCGCUCAACCCCAAAUGCUGCCAGCUAGCAUGAGCCAACAACAGCAGUUAUAUCAACAGCGGCUUCCCCAUGGUCACGGUCAGACCACGCUCUAUCCAGUGGCUACGCAUCAAGUCCAAUAUGUCGCCAAUGGACCACCCGCACCACGUCCCAUCAGCUUCAGCUCACAAAACAUUCGCUACAUAAACCCCGAUGGCACGCCGGCCGAGCCCCCGAUGAGCGCUUACAAUCCCGCUCUAAAGCCCGUCGAGGGUGCACCGAUGGCGGAAACCGCUCCUGCGCCCACUACGCCCCCCUACAGGCUCCCGCCACCACGUCCGCGUGCUGGCAUUCCGGUGUUGAAAGACAAUAACUCCAAUCAAGCAACGGCCUCGAGCUCGUCUAGCAACUCUGUCGAGAAGAUUGACUUCAAGAAACAAAAACCGAGUCCACCAAAGGCAAAUGGCACUAAGACAAAGGAUGGAAGCACGCCUUCAACGUCGACGGCACCCUUCAGGCCACCGCCCGCUCGUGAAGCCGAUCGAGAAGCUGCGCGCCUAAAAAAAACUAUGAAGGCCGCCCGUGACUCUGCAAUCAAGCGCCUAUCAACCGAGGCCGGCUGGCGAAUGAUGAACACGUGGCUGAAGAACGCGAAAGAUGACGAUAAGAAGAUGCUGCCGCUUCUAAAGCAACUGAUGAAGGCUGAUGUUCCCGACGAGCUCUUGAUCGACACCUCAAUCGAUACGCCCAAAUUCCUCGUUUCUCUGAAAAAGAAGGGCGGAACGCAAGCGAUUCGUGACCUCGCCGGCGAGCUUGUCGCGAAAUAUAAGGAAGAGGUGCAACGGUAUCAGAAGGAGGGCCCUCGGAAGAAAGAGGAGAAGCAUGAGGAGCCGGUGGUUGACGAGGAGAUGCCUGAAGAGGGAUCACCGGAACUCGGAGAGCCAAUCGACGACUUACUGCUGAAAAAUGCAGUCACAAAGCCGCCACCAGCAGAAGGAGAGGAAAAGAAAAAGAAGAAAGAGACUAACCGAGCAAAAGCGCGCGUUUACAGGAGCAAGGGUCGAACUACAGGUCUUGAAGGCAGCUCGGAUGAGGAUGGACCACCCGAACCCAAGCGGGAGAAGGAAGAGCCUGCCCCAACUCCGCGGUUGCAGCUUCAUGACGAGAGAAAGCUGAAGAAGAAGGAGCCUGAGAAGCCGAAGAAGCUUGUGGAAACGAAGGUUGAGGCGCCGAAGCCAAAGCCAGCUCCACCUCCGAAGCCCGUCGAGAAGCCAAGGCCGAUCAUCAUGUCGAACGCGUUUAUGGACGCGCUCAGCGCGCCGAAGAUGGAACAGGUGAAAAAGAGGCCGAAGCGCAUCGUCAAGCCCACGGAGUCCACUGACAGUCAACGAAGAAGCUCCGCCGAGGAGACCGCUGCUGCUCCGCCGCGCGAAAAGCAAACAAGCCCAUCAAAGGUGGAGAUUAAUUUGGGUGGUCUUUUCUCGGAAGUGAAUCCGCCUUCCGGAUCUGCAUCCGAAAAAUCGGGCACACGCGCGAAUAAUAGGACGCCUGAGCCUGCCGUCGCAAAAAGGCGCAUCCAUUUUGCCGAUGAUUCUGGCAAGCCUCUCGUCGAAAUUCGCGAGUUCGAGAUUGACGAGAAUGAGCGAUUCAACGUAUCGCACCUGACGCCUGAAGAAAUCAUGCGCCGGGAUCUUGAGCUGGAGAAGAUGUACCGCGAAACCACCUCCGCCCCGAUCGAAGAAGAUGAGGAGAAAGAGAAGGAAAAGGAAAAAGAGAAAGAGAAAGAGAAAGAAAAGGAAAAAGUGGAGGAGAAACGCUUCGAAGCGCUGAAAGGCGGUGGCAACUUCAUCCUGCAAGCUCUCAGUCAAAAAACGGUUGAGGAGCCGCCCAAGUGGCGCUUGCUAGUGGUCGAAAAGGAGCCCGAAGAGGUCACCAAGGAGCAGUCACGUCAAAUUACCUCCACGGAGUUCUACGCGGAACAGGACCGCCAGAGUCGCACGCUGGCCGUGAUGUACGAUGGAAGAACACCCGGUCGAAUUGACUCUGAGGAGCCGGACGAGCAGAUGGAUCCCGAUUACUCUCCGCUCCCGAUUCCGCUCGAGCCGGUGGACGAGCAAUCUGUCGAAGAAGUGCCGAUGAUACCUACCGAUACGCCAUCUCAACCUCAAGCGCCUCCGACCGCCCUUCCCUCCAAUCUACAGAACCUCUUGUCAAGCUUGAAAACAGCCGGCAUCAUCGAGCAGAACGCCGGCCGUGAGCAGCAGCAUAAUGCAGUCGCUUCAACCUCGCGUUGGGAGCCCCAUCAUCCACAGCCCGAUGCUGGUCGUCACGAACCGGGCUACUACAGAAACGAGCCGGGCUAUAACCAACAACAUUCGCACCACGAGGGCGGUUGGGGUGGCAGAGGCAGUGGCUUUGGCGGGCGAGAACGGGGUCGCGGGCGCGGGGCGCCGAUCGUCUGCACCUACGUGCUCACACCCCGUGGUUGCAACUUUGGCGACAACUGCCGCUUCUCGCACGACCCCGAGCUGAUCGAGCAGGCCAAGCUGGAAGGUGUACCGCGUCGACCACCUGGCCCAUCACGUGGCUUCUCACGCGGCCCGGAACAUUCACGCCCACAUCGCGGUGGCUUCCACUCGAGACCC